CUUUUAUUAGAACGAGAGAGAGAGAGUGUGUGGGGCGGAGGGAAGGGGGGCGAGUAGCCGAAUGGGUUUUUGAUUGUGUGUCGUGUGCGCGCGGGUGUCUCUGUGUGUGUGUGGGUGUCCCUCUAUCUCUCUGUGUGUGGGUGUGCUGGUUUGUUUGUGUCGCAGCGAGUGCGAAUACGAGUGCGAGCGAGAUAGCCACACACACCGCACACUGCAUGUGCAUAGGGGGCGUGCGAGCGAGAGGGACGGGGCGUGCGAGAGGCGAGAACGAGAGUGCAAAGUGCAUGGAAAAGUUUUUGGCCAGCGAAAAAUGGCGACACAUCGGGUCGCAAAGUCGCCAAAUCGUCGUCGCAGCGACGACGCCAACGACGACGUCCAAAAAGCAGCGCCAAUUUUCGCGUCGUUGUCGCCCGAUUUUAUAACCGUUUUCAAAAGCGGCGGCACUGCGACCUCCGCCUGUCGUCCGUCCUCUUCGCACGGCAAAAAGAAACGAGUGAAAGAGACAGAUAGAUAAAAAACAAGAACUUAUCCUUAAAACUUAAACCUUAAACCCUUUAUUUAAAAAAAAGAAGCCAUUACCAAUACCAAAACUCAGUGCCGGUUAUUAAAUAAUAUCAAAUACCAACUGUCCACUUUAUUUUAGCCAAUUUCAAUAUGAACAAAACAAUAUAAAAGAAAUUAAUAAAUAAAAAUUCAAAAUUUAUAAAUAAAAACUAAAAAUAAAAAAAAAUUAUCAACAAAAAUAAAAAAGAACGAGCCAAACAAACAAAAAAUUCUCGUGCACACGCACGUGGGUUGUUGCAUGUGUGUGCGUGUGUGCUAUGUGCUAGUGUGUGUGUGUGUGAGCAACUAAAACAGCAUCUACCAAAUGCACUAAAGCAACUGCAUCAACAACAACAGCAACCAAAACACCAACAACAACGCACCGACAACAACAACGCACACCAACGCAAAAGAAAAUAAUAAUAUAAAGCAAAUCGAAUCGACGGGGAAACCUAAAUGCCGCAUCUAGUCUAAUGUAUCGUCAGAAGAAUAAGAAGUCUACAGAUUAACUGUUGUUCCUAAGCAACCGCCGCUUGAUGAAUAUUGGCCACGAGAAGCAUCCGCACUUUCAUCCGCAACCGCAUCCGCAGCCGCAUCCGCAUCCUCAGCUGCAGUCGAGCAGUAGUUCUGAACUUCAUCGUUUGGCCGUCGGCGGUUCGGUUAGUCCGUCUACGUUGUUGUACCACCUACCCGCUGCCGCCACCGCAACCGCCUCCUACCUACUGCAAGGUCAUGAGCGGCAUCAGCAGCAGCAGCAGCACCACCCACCACCCCACAACCACCAGCAUCAUCAUCCGCAUUCGCAUCCGCAUCCUGGGGAACUACUGCACCUGAGCCCCGAAUCCGUUUCAAUGGUGAUGACCCCCAGCCGUCGCAGUUCGCCGCCCCUGCCGCCGCUGCCCUUAACGACGCAUCAACAUCCACAACAUCCGCACUCGCAUCCGCAUCCACAUCCGCACCUGCCGCUGGCGCUACCGCUGCGCCAUCCACUUACUUUGAAUGCCAACGCCGGCGGCCAGCAGCAGCAGCACUCGCCGUCGUCCCGCUCGCAAUCACAAUCGCCGGCACAAUCGAUGAGCGCCCACUUUUCGCAGCUGGCCCAUGCCCAGCUGCAUUUGCAGAAUCAAUUGCAGCAGAAGCUCUCGUCGGCGGUGGCGGCAAGUAGGAAUAGUAAUAAUAAUAGUAGUGGUGGUGUUGCCGGUUCAGGAUCAGUAACAGGAUCGGGAACAAACACGGAUAAUCCAAUAAACCCGCUGAGUGAUUUGCAGAAUAUGCAACCCUUUGACUUUCGCAAGAUCAGCUCGGCGGCGGCACUGGGCGCCUUUGGUGGUCCACUAACGCUGCCGCCGAGUCCCACGGAAUUCGGGGGGCAUCAUCAUCAUCACAGUCACCAUCACAGUCAACAGCAGCACCAUUUGCAUCGGAGUAACCAGUUCUUCAAUGCAAUGGCCAUGGCCUAUCACCUGCCACCGCCUCCACCGCCGCCGCCGCCGGAUUCCCGCUCACCACCACCGCCGCAGUCUUCGUCGUCGUCGGCUGCCCAGUAUCCGCAUUCGCAUCCGCAUCAAACGGGCUCCAGUUCGGGUUCGGGCUCAUCGGGAUCGAUUGAAGAGUCUUCGGGGGGAAAGCAGCAGGGCCAAAGAGGCAGCGGCGAUAAGGGAGGAGGAGGAGCUUCCGCAUCCAAUUCUGGAGUCAGUUCGCAGCGAAUGACCCGCCUGGCCUUGUCCUCAUCGAAUAUGCGGGCCAGCAGGAAGGCUCACUCCCCAGGAGGAGGAGGAGGAGGCAAUGGAGGAUCAUCUGGAGGAGGAGGAUCAUCCGGAGGCGGCAAGCGGCAAUGGGGCUCCAUGCCCGCCAAUCUGGGCACCCAGUUCAUCAAUCCGGUGACCGGGAAAAAGCGGGUACAGUGCAAUGUCUGUCUGAAGACCUUUUGCGACAAGGGCGCCCUCAAGAUUCACUUUUCGGCCGUCCACCUGCGAGAGAUGCACAAGUGCACCGUGGAUGGUUGCAGCAUGAUGUUUAGCUCGAGGCGAUCGAGAAAUCGCCAUAGCGCCAAUCCGAAUCCCAAGCUCCAUUCGCCGCAUCUGCGACGCAAGAUCUCGCCGCACGACGGCCGGAGUGCCCAGCCGCAUCCGCUAUUGCUCCAGGCGCCCAAUGGUCUGAUGGCUGGAUUAGCGCCCUUUGGCAGCUUUCCGCUGUUGACGCCACCGCCGGAUCUGCGGCAUCAUGCCAUGGGUGGCGGUGGCGGAAGCGGCGGAGGAGGAGCCCUGGAGAUGAAGCACGGUCAGGAUUAUCUGCAGAGAUCCUACUUGGAUGCCGGACGAUUCGAGGGACAGCGACGCAAGCUGACGCUGGAGAACAACGAGCACACGGAGGACGAGGACGACGACGAGAUCCUCGAGGUUGGCAUCCACAUGGCCGGUGAUGAUGACGACGACGAGGCUGACGGCGAUGAGGACGAGGAUGACGAUGAUCCCGAUGGCAUCGUUGUGGUUGGCGAUGAGCUAGAUAGCCUUCCGCUCGACCAUGACAACGAUAACGAUAAUGAUAACGAUAAUGAUAAUGAGAACGAUGAGAGCGACGAGCGCUCCACAUCGGCGGUUUCCAGCCUGAGUCAAACCAAAGAGCAAUCCGGAAGUCCCGGCAAGGUCGUUCGAUCGUCGGCCGGCCUUGAGGAGUGCCACACAUAUGCCCACUCACAGUCCCACCACCCCCAUUUGCAUGCCCAUGCCCACGCCCAUGUCCUCGCCCAAAUGGCGGCUGCCAAUAAACGGAAACGCAAGAGCCAAAAUCCCGUACGAUGUCCAGUCCAAUCGGAUGAGAAUUCCGGUGAAAAUUCCAUCGAUUACGAUGUGGCCGCCGAUCUGUCGAUUAAGAAGGUGCGUCUGCCAGCGGCAGCGGCACCACCAGCAGCAGCACCAGCACCACCAACGUCAUCAUCAUCAUCUGCAUCAUCCGCCAAAGAAACAGAGGUGGGCGAGUCCACCAAGUCGAUACCGUCGCCACCGCUAACGCCCUACGCUGAUCUCAGGCCUCACCAGGUGGUGGUGGGUCUCUGCAGCAUCAAGAGGGAGGAGGAUCAGGAGGAGCAGGAUCCUGAACCUGAACCGGAACCGGAAAUGAAAGUGGAAAGGGCCGAGGAGGAGGCACAAGAGGAGCAGCUGAACAAAGAGGAUCCUCCUCCACCCAUAGACAACACCACUUUGGACCUUUCGCGUGCGGCGGCUGCCAUCAAAUUGGAGCCUUUGGAGGAUCUGAACUACGAGGCGGACGAGAAUCGCUAUGUGCGCAUCAAGCAGGAGCUGAUGGGUAAUACUACUACCAACGAAGAUGAUGAGUCCUCUAGCGACAAGACGACGACGACGACGACGACUGCCAAUCACAAUAAUAAUAAUAAUAACAAAAGUAUGAAGAACAAUGGUUUGGAUGCCGAAACGGAAACGGAUCAUGAACCGGAAGCAGAGGUCGAAACCGAAACAGAAGUUCUGCCCAUCGAGGUGCCCAUCGAUAAGGAGAAUCCCCUGAAAUGCACCGCCUGCGGUGAUAUAUUCCAAAAUCAUUUUCAUUUAAAAACCCAUCACCAGAGCGUCCACCUAAAGUUGCAUCACAAGUGCAAUAUCGAUGGCUGCAAUGCGGCCUUCCCGUCGAAACGCAGUCGCGAUCGUCACAGUUCGAAUCUCAAUUUGCAUCGUAAGCUUCUGUCGACCAGUGAUGAUGAUAAUGGUGGUGGUGGUGGUCAUGGGCUGCUCCAUUCGGCUGCUAACCUCGUAAUGCCCACGGAUCCGCUGCUCGAGCUGAUGAGUCUUAAUUUGAAUAACAACAAGAGUGGAGGAGGUGUAUUUCAAACUGGCAAUGUCAAUCAUCCGGCGGCGGUGGGCAGCAUCCAGGCGGAGAUCCUCGCACGCAUUUGUGCCGGCGCCCAUGCCCAUGGCUUGAAUGUACCCCUUUGCUUUGAGGCCUUGCAGCAUCGCUUCGCCUAUCCGCUGGUUGGUGGCACUGAUGGAUCCUCUGCUGCCGCACCACCACCCAAUCCCCGCCUGCUGCAUGGUGGUGGUGGUGGCCAUGGCAUGUUUGCCGGUUUGCCGCGAAUGCCACGUUUUCCCCAACUGACGUCACAUAUGCUGGCCGCCGCAGGAAAUCAUCCAGCGAUUGGACUGGGCGGAGGACUUGGACCCUUUUGCACAAGACGCACUUCCUCCGAUUCAAAUUCACAGCACUCGAUCACGCCACCGCCACCGAAGAGAUCGCAAUCCCGAUCGCAAUCUAGAUCACCGGAUCACUGUAACGUACAUCCCGGACAUUCUGGACAUCCAGGACACCCAGGAGUUCAUCAUCCCGUCGAGGAGGAGGCUAAGGCGAACCAGCGGCAAAGCCCCGAUCGCAUAUCAUGACCAUGUACCUCGUACUAUGCCAAGGCGUUGGCAUUUUAUCACUGAAGAGAGAGAGAGAGAGAGAGAGAGCUGAGAGAGAAGAGGAGGGCCCUCAGAAGUCAGAUAUGCAGGAUAUACGGAUUAGGAUAUAU